CUUUCACUUAAAUUUUGGUUGGGGCAACGUGCACACUAUACAAAUAUUAUAUUGCUGCUGGUAAAGUUUGAAAUUUCAGCGCGAUUUUCUUAUUUUAUUAAUUUGAUAUCCAAAAAUGGGUAGUUCAGAAGAGGACGAGAAUUCUGCAAAUGGGAGUAGUGAAGAGGAGGAAGUUGAUGAGGUAUUGUCCGGUGAUGAAGAAGCUGCAGAAGACGAUGAAAGCGAAGAUGGAUUGGAUGGAGUAGAUGAAGAAGAGCCAGACGAAAAGGUCGAAAGCUCUGUUACAUGGAAAGACCUUGGCUUAACAGAUGUAUUGUGUAAAGCAUGUGAGGAAUUGAAAUGGAAAGCACCUUCAAAAAUACAGAAGGAAGCCAUACCAGUAGGAUUGCAAGGGAAAGAUAUAAUAGGAUUAGCUGAAACUGGUUCUGGUAAGACGGGUGCAUUUGCUUUACCAAUACUGCAAGCACUGCUGGAUAAUCCGCAAAGGUAUUUUGCGCUCAUACUAACGCCUACGCGUGAAUUGGCCUUUCAGAUAUCGGAACAGUUUGAAGCUCUAGGUAGUUCGAUUGGUGUUAAAUGUUGCGUUGUCGUUGGUGGCAUGGAUAUGGUUUCCCAGGCAUUGCAACUUGCGAAAAAGCCUCAUAUAAUUAUAGCAACUCCUGGGCGCUUGGUUGAUCAUUUGGAAAACAUGAAAGGUUUUAAUCUGAAGGCUAUAAAAUACUUGGUCAUGGAUGAAGCUGACCGCAUUCUGAAUAUGGACUUCGAAACGGAACUGGAUAAAAUAUUGAAAGUCUUGCCGCGCGAACGUCGCACAUUUUUAUUCAGUGCAACUAUGACGAAGAAAGUGAAGAAGUUACAACGGGCUUCGUUAAAAGAUCCAGUUAAGGUGGAGGUUUCCAACAAGUAUCAAACGGUUGAGCAAUUGCAACAAUACUAUAUCUUUAUACCAGUGAAAUAUAAAGACGUCUAUUUGGUCCACAUAAUAAAUGAGUUGGCAGGCAAUAGCUUUAUGAUAUUUUGCAGUACCUGCGCAAAUACUGUACGUACGGCGUUAAUGCUCCGUGCAUUGGGUCUAGCUGCUAUACCCUUACAUGGUCAAAUGUCACAGAAUAAGCGUUUAGCUGCAUUAAACAAAUUCAAAGCGAAAAAUCGUUCGAUACUUAUUUCCACAGAUGUUGCAUCUCGUGGUCUUGACAUACCGCACGUGGAUGUGGUUUUGAAUUUUGACAUCCCUACACAUAGUAAAGACUACAUACACCGUGUUGGCCGUACAGCUCGUGCGGGUCGCUCUGGCAAAGCAGUCACUUUUGUUACUCAGUACGAUGUUGAGUUAUAUCAACGAAUUGAACACCUGCUUGGAAAACAGUUGCCAAUAUAUCCUUGUGAGGAGGACGAAGUAAUGGCACUGCAAGAGAGAGUGAGUGAAGCGCAGCGUACUGCGAAAUUGGAACUGAAGGAUUUGGAGGAUAGUAAAGGUAGUAAAAAAGGAAAAUACAAGAAAGGUGGAGAUGACUACGAUGACUCCGAACAAUUUACUGGCGCUCGAAAACGUAUGAAGCCGCAAGGUGGUGGUGGAGGUAAGAAAAACUGGAAGAAGGCGAAAAGAAAAUAGAGCAACACUAGUAUGUACUAAUAUUUAGUAUUGUUAGCUCAUUCGACUUGAUAUAUGUAAAUUUAUUUUAAUAUUAAAAAUUCACCUAAAAUUA